CUUAGCAGCGCUAAGCCGCUGCUGCUGCUCCGACACAGUUUGUGGAUGGAGCGUUCGGACGGUUGUUACAUCAACCGUGUGGCCGUGAAAAAUGCCUCACCGCCGUGAGUAAACGGACCAGACGCAGAAACAGCCGACAGACAGGACGUGCUACUGCUUCGGUGUCAUUUUCGUCCAUGAUGUUUCAAGUUUUGGCUUGUGGCGCCGUAGUUUUCCCCGGUGUGUUCUUCGCCUUCAGGAGGAUCCUGCCGAAGCUUUUCAAACACUGGAGCGAUGCCGACGUGGUUCUGGUCAGCGAGAGACUGGUGUCUUCCAUCCAUGCAGUUAUGGCCACCACAGCAGGAAUCAUCGUUGUGUCAUCAUGCCGAGGAAACGUUAUUAACGGCAGGCACUGGCUGGCUACCUAUUUUGUCAUCUGGUACGGCGUGCCCUACAUGACCUAUGACAUCUUUGCCAUGUACCUCAGUCACUUCUACCGCUUCCGCGUCAGUGGGCACGAGGGCUACAAACAGCAUUCACUGAGGACCAUAAACUUGUUUAUUCGGAAAGAGUUUUUGUUGGUGCUUCACCACAUCGCCCUGCUCACCCUCCUACUGCCUGUCACGCUGUUCUUCAGGAAGGCUCAGGGGGAUUUCUUCAUUGGCUGCCUGUUUCUUACAGAGCUCAGCACACCGUUCGUCUCACUGGGGAAAAUACUUAUACAGCUCGGCCUCCAGAGCUGUUUUCUGCACAAAGUCAACGGUGCAAUGGUCCUGUUCACCUUCUUCAUGUGUCGCAUCGCCCUCUUCCCCUACAUGUACUGGAUGUAUGGCCAACACUACGGCAUCCCGCUCUACAGUGUGCCUUUCCACCUGCCACUGGCUGCCAACCUGGGCAACUCAUGUAUCUUGGCACCGCAGGUCUACUGGUUUGUCCUGCUUUGCCGAAAGGGCUACCGUCUCUUCAAACGCAGCCGCCUCAGGCCUGAAACGCCUCCCGCGGCUGCUGUCACAGUCAGUUCUAAGGAUGAGUGAUUUUCAGAUCAGAUUUACUCACUCGAACCACAUAAUCGGCUCCUAAUGCAACUACUUCUGCAAGCUGCUAGUUUUAGCUUUUAAACUCAACUUUUAUUAGAACUUCAGUCAGUCAGGACUAUGCAUUAGUUUUCUGCACUUACAGACAUUUUCAACACAGGACCUUCGAACCUGUAAACUACUUCUCGUCAUGAAGUUUGAUCAUCUGAGGGUUUUUGUUUUUGGGGGGUUUUUUAAUGAAGUGGCUCGAGCUUGGAUCUUGUUGGUGUGUUUUGCCGUCUUUCUUUACAACAGUGAAGAAGGUCGAGACGUGAAGUAGGUGACAUGAAGACGAUCUCCUUUGGGAAGUCGUGAUAGUUGUAUUCUUCCAUGUUUACAGCCUCUGCCCUCGAGGAACAUUUCUUAAAAGGUACAUUACUGGCUGUUACCAUGGGUUGUAUUUAUUAUUGUUUAACUGUGACCUGUCAUGUCUUUGUGUUCAUGUGAUGCACUUCCAUCCAUUCAUUUUACGCACAGAGCAGGAGGAAGAACAGGGUGAAUUAAGGCAGUCUUAGCAGGACAGCGAGGAAAACUCUUUAUCUCCACGUAAAACCUUAAUAAUGUUUAAAGCCCCGUUCUGACUUUCAUAGAUAUGCAUUCUGGAAGGUGCCAGUUUGAAUCUGUCUACACUGGGACAUUCUCUCUUUGUGUCCAGGGCCUUCAUUUGUCAAACUGUGUAGAAAAGGUUCUAAAUGCUGACAUAUGAACAAAAGUCAGUAUGUGUAUAAGUACAAAAAAGAAAAAAAAAUCUGUAUUUAUCAAACAGGCGGAUGCCGAUCAUACUCACAUCAAUAAGUAUCUGGCGUUAAUAAAUCUGUGCACAUUCAUGGUCAUAUGCAUUCAAAAACACCCUCAGUUAAUCAUAUGUGGUAAGAAAACAUCAGUUUUUUGUUUGUAUCUGCUGUGUUCAUCACCAAAAUAAGGGCUAAGAGAGUGAAGAAAACAAACGGUUGUGAAACAGACACAAAGAUGAUUAUGUGUAGGCACAACAGUAAGAUGAAAAAUAAAAAUAAAAAAAUAAAAUAAAUGCGCCACUAGAUGGCAAUGACCCAUCCACCAGUAGUUUUAAAUCCAACUAUUUGUCAUAAGAAUUCCCUUAUGGUGAUACCAAAAUCACUUAGGGACAUAAUUUUAACAAGUUUUAAGAAACUUUAAUACACUCUACACAACUACCAUAAAACUUUCCAAUUAACCGAAUAGCUAGACAGUUAUUUAUCAUUGCAGUCGUCCAAGAAUCCUUUGCGUUCCUUUGAUGUUACCACGCUGCUGUCAAUAUUAAUUUUUCCCAAUAAAAGCUGAGUACUGUAAAUAAUGAGGUCUCAUUUUUAGUAUAAAAUUGCAGGAUGAGGGGAUGAGAUCAGAAGCUGCUGUUUAGUUCACACAGGUGUCUUUUGUAGGUUUUGACACCAAUGAGGCUACAUGUGUCUGUCUAACUCGAUAUAAUGCUAAUUGUGUUCUUAUUAAUUUGAGCACAAAAAACCCAUAUGUCAAUGAGGUUGCAAUGCUUUCUAGUUCCAGUUUCCCUUUUCUACCAUUACAUGCUGUGCAUAUAUUUACAUACAUUUCUAAUGACAAGUUGGUAAACUCUAUACUUUGUAUAGAAAUGUACACAUGGUUGAUAAAUGGAGGCCCUGGUCUUGUUGUAACUGUGGUUGGAUUCUUAAGAUGUUUGAAAAUUUGCCCCCCCCCCCUUCAUGAACUUCGACAUACUUUGAUAAUCCCUUGCAUUUCUAUGGAAUCUGGAACGUUGUCGUACAUCCCCUGACAUCAGUAGUUAAAGUUAUACUGCGGUUAUGUUAUGGUUGUUUUUGCACACAUCACAUGGUGCAAGUCCAGUGUGUUCCAUUGUCAAACCGCUCACUAGGUUACCUUCAUGGGCAAGCAUUUGUCACGGUUGUAGGCCGUGUCCUUCUAUAAUGCAUGUCUGUGAACGCGAGAGUUAGAUUCACGUCUUUAAAAUGUAACAGUGACUUUAACCCUAUGUUUAGCUUAUGAUUGAGCUUCCAAAUGUGCAACAAAAACCCAGUCUUCUUUUUCAUAUCUUAGUCCAUCCCACAGAAGCGGUGAGUGCGAAUAAAGUACGUGAUAAAGUACGUACACUCAAAUCAUGGUGUACACAUCAUUGCUCAGGGGACUGUGAAUUUUAUGGAGAAAAUUAAAUCAUGUAAUUACAGCUCAGAACUACAAUAUAGUUGAUAUUCUGCCUGACUCAUAACAUGUUACACGACUGCUGUGAGACAUCAAGCAGCACCAACAGGAAGUAAAUGUUCUAAAUAAAGUCUAAAGAGUCACCGACUGUCAGUGAACAUGCACAGAAACAAGACUGGAAAAAAAACUGAUGAAUCGUGGGGCGUGAAGAAGAGGAGAGUUGUUUAAGAAUGACCUGGGCUUACAGUAAACAGUAGUUAAUGAUUUCAUAUAGUUAGGGUUUGGAGAAAUAACUAGGCACCUUAUUUGGUUCUGAUAUUUAUCACUGCUAACUGCUGCUGUGCUGAUUCAGUACAAAAUAUCUGCUCUAUCCCAAUAAAGGGGUGCAUGGUGGCCAA